UUCACGGUGAGUGUUUGGUUCGCAUAACUGUGUGACCGCUAACUCCGCAUUCGUUGAACAUUAUUUAUCCAUGGUCGUCUGGAUAGAUGGAACCUGUUGAAGAAGUUGGAAGUGCUGUUCAAACUCUAGAAAAUGCCGGACAAUCGUUGGGCGUGACUAGUGUAUCACCAUCAGAUCAACCGAUCGCAGAAUCACAACCAAGCUUAUGCAAAGUUCGCCGUGUCCGGUUUGAGAAAGUUGAAGUGUUUUACUUCGAACGGUUACAAGGCUUUGUUUGUGUCCCAAGUCAAGGUGGCUCCACGCUUGGUAUGGCACAGACACAUUCUGCGUUCGAGGAGUUUACGGUUGCUGACCACCAACAUGUCCGACAGUUUGAACGAUAUUUGGCUCUCCUCAGAAAAUUCGAAAGCGGAAAAAUCUCUCUCACAUCAGAACAGCUUUCCUACCUUACGUUCCGUAUUAAAUCAGCUCCUGACCUGCUUUGCAAGCGUCUUUUUCACAGGCUGCAGGGAACGUCUCUUGUCAGCGGUUAUGAUGGAGCCCAUCCUGAUAGGCAACCACUUCCCUUAUUUGAAGAAACGUCUGGCCGUAUUUCUUCUCUUUCCAACCUGAGAUUGCCUGAAACGAACCCCGAGAGCCCACACAUCUGCGAUGAAGAAAUGGAAUCACAGUUGUGUGGUCUGAUUGAGUGUUAUUUUCUCCAACUUCUUUCCAUAAAGAAGCGACGUCUGUUGCUCCGAAAGUCAGAUGGCUCAUUAAUUCACUCGCAAAAACGUCGACUGGAGAGAUGGGCCGAACACUUCGAAGAGCAGUUCAGGUGGCCUUCUGCAACACAGCCGGUGGAGAUAAUGCAUACGGGCGAAUGGAAUGUAAACCUUGAUCGCCCUUCGGAAGACGAAACAAGGUACGAAAUAGCCGUACUCAAACGUGAGAAGGCACCAGCACCGGACGGUCUGUAUCCAGCCCUCUUCAAAGAAGGCGGAAAUUCCCUGGUAACCCAACUGACGAAGCUUAUUGGUGCUAUAUGGGACGAAGAGAAAGUGCCUGCAGAAUGGGGCAUGUCGACAGUUAUCCCCAAUUUCAAAAAGGGCUUGAAAUCGAUCGAUCAUGCGGAACGUAUCGAGUGUCAGGCUAUACGUAUGAGUCGCGAAAUAUGCGGCUGUUCCUGUCCAUCGGGUGUGUGCUUACCGGACACUUGUUACUGUGCGCGAAACGGGAUCAAAUGCCAAGUGGAUCGUCCAUAUUUCCCCUGCUGCUGUGUUCAGCCAUCGCAGUGCCAGAAUCCCGAGGGUCGAAUUGAAUUCGAUCCGAUUCGAGUGAGGACCCAUUAUCUUCACACGCGCAUGCGACUAGAUAAGCAUCAGAUUGCACACAGUCUUGGUUGGUCAGUGAACAGCCAUCAGCAGUCAGAGGAGCCUGAUUCGAAACGACCCAGGCUGGAUCCGACAACCACGGUCCAUCUUCCGACUUGCUCACAAGACUUUGAAGCAAUACACGGCUUUAUCGCCUCCUCUUGCGAUGAUGAGAAUGCAGAAUCCGUUUUGCCGUCUUCCAAUCCGGACGACGAAUUGUUAUCCCGUUACAACAGCACCAGCCGUGGUGCUUGUCGCGAUUGCCAGAAUGACCGAUAUGUUCAUAUGUUGAUGCAGCAACUGGAGGCCGACGCUCCUGAGGAUGGUUCCGAAGUGGCUUCUUUUGAACAGGUGGAUGCAGGCUUCUCGCUGACACAGCCCUCAGGAGAAUGUCUUGAAUUUGGCGAUGAUGACCUUUUGGACACCUUUAGCCAAUCAGUACCAAAUGGAUUCCACGGCACCCAUACUUCAAACUCAGAUACAAUCGCUGUUGAAGUUCCAAAAGACCAGCCGGUUACCCACAGUGCCUGCCCAGUGGAACACUUCAGUCCAUGUCCUAAUGAAGUUACUGUGGUGUGCGGUGACACGCUGCUCACUUCACAACCUUCUAUCUCGUUGGAAUGUCACGAAAACCGCCUCUUCGCCAGUUCGGACAACUCAGGUCACCUGACCCACAACGAUUCGGAUGGCUCGGACAAUCAUCUUCACGCUGACCGCGAUGUGUCCUAUCAUCCAUCGCAAGCCACUGAGAUCCAACUGCUAUCCUCACUUAGGACCCACGAAGAUCCAACAAACCAGCAUCAGCACUCGUCAUGUCUCCCCCUAGAGCCAAUAUCUUCGCUAUUUUAUCGUUGUGCUUCAAAGCGAACCCUGUCGCCACAAAACCCGAUUCCACUUGAUCGUCCUCCCACGCAGUCGUCAGUCUAUUCUGAAGACGAUUAUCUCGCCUCCCCUGGCGCGCUAGAUGGUAAUGAUUCGUCCUUAAGGCCCACAAAUUCCUCAGCCUCAUCAUCCCCACGGAUUUGCACCUCUCCGUCCGAUGAUAACUCAACCCUUCCCUCAACUUUGGAAGUUUCGGCCAAGAGUCCAUCCAGACCGACAUCACAGUAUGUGGAAGGCGUUACUGCUUAGUGGAAAGCUCAUCCUGUCAUUUCACACCCCACACAUAUUGCUUUCAUUUUCUAGAUCUAUGUAGCCGGUACACUUAUCGAUCUUUCCUCCGUGUGCACUGUACAGACGUGAACACCUGCGAUGCUAUCUCAGUCGGUCAGUUCUCUGAAGAAAUUUUUAAAAUUCCCAUGGAAACAAACUUGUACUGCCGUGUCGCCGCUAUUCCUGCUACUAAUAAGAAUGCCGCAUUGAUCAGACUGUGAUAUAAUCUUAGUUUCCUUUUUUUCUUUGCUUGUUCUUUCUACUCUUCCGCGUAUGAAAUGACCUCACUUGAUUGAUUUGAACGGUGCUAAUGAUAUUCCCCCGUCAUCUGUCAUUGUUCGUCAAUUCUAUUUCUAUUCCCCAAAUGUCAGCAGCUGUUUUCGUUACACUGAUAGAUCAGAGUGGAGAGGUGUCUCUGAAACGUACAUACUAUCCUUUGAAACGGUUUUACGGCGCCUUCACUCGUUGCACCUUGUGAAAAAUAGAAAAAUAUCGGUCCAUCUUUCUGGCACUCGGAACGUAGGCGCCUGGUGAGAAGAAUUGUCACUUUUCAAAGUGUUGAAGGAAAUCUGAGCUUUUCCUUUAGAAAAGGAACGUCAUGAAGAAAUCUGCACUUAACAGUCGUAACCCACUAGUUGAUCGGUUUGUCAGUGAAGAGAUGGUUAACACUUCCGGA